AUGAGUGGCUUUCGUGUCGAAGAUUUGCUUUCCGAACGGGAAAAGGAAUCCAACUCGGAUGAAACGACGCAUCCAAAGUCUCCGACCGACGACAAAUCGAGUCGGAAACUGAAGAUGCGACGAGCCAGAACUGCAUUCACUUAUGAGCAACUGGUGGCAUUGGAAAACAAGUUUAAGGCAUCUCGAUACUUGAGUGUAUGUGAACGUCUCAGUCUUGCAAUUCAGCUUCAACUGUCGGAAACUCAGGUAAAAAUCUGGUUCCAAAACCGCCGUACCAAAUGGAAGAAGCACAACCCGGGACAAGAUGCGAACACACCUCAAACGCCUCCGUCUUCCGAUGAAACACCAAUUCAACCAAUUCUUCCUACAACUUCGGUUCCUAACUUCAGUUCAUUGCUCCUCCAGCCAAUUAUGACACCAGCAAACUCUGGAAUGAUGAACGGAGGAUCAAUCCCACUUACUCUCUUCAAUUUGAAUCAAAUUCUUAUGCCACAAAAUGUCGGUUACAACUGA